UGACGUCAUUGUAAUUCUGGCAUAUGUAAAAUACAUUCUUUGGCUGGCAAUUAAAAUUUUGUUUGGAAAAAUGGUAAUGAGUGACAGAGUAUUAAAAAUUUCAAUUCAGUUGAAAUUUUGAACGCGAUUACCCUUUAUAUGUUAUGGUUUCUCUAAACUAUUAACACAACUAUAAAAUUUCUUUCUCGCUGUUUCUCAAAACCUCAAAACCAUGGCGUAUAGAGGAUUAAAUUCUGAAAAAUUUGAAGAUUUGGGUGAAGAAUUAGACGUAUUGUGUUCAGAAGUUCAGUCUGGUAUAGAGAAAAUACAAAGGCUUGAUGGAGGUAGUAAAGUUUUGUCAUAAUACAUUAUAUGAUUACUAUGUUAAUAUAUGGCUGUAUUUGGGUCUCAGUAGCAGAAAAAUUAUGUACACUGGUCAUGGAUAUGGGCAGAGUAAUAUUAAUGGAACGCCCCCCCUGGAUUGUCAAAAAAUGGAUUGCUUAGAACCUCUCCCCCAUUGGAGACCAUUUUGAAGAUUACUCAGUAUCGUUUCUGAAGAAAAAGUCCACUUUUUCUAUUUUGAUUUAUUGUUUAAUAUUAAAUCUCUCUUGCCUUUCAACCAUAAAGAAGAAUGCAGUGAACCUUUUCAAUUUUGACUCGUACAACCUCGCAAGCCAGGCUCUCCACUUCCGCUUCCCUCCCCCAGACUGCAGAGUUGGGCACUUUUCGACGAGAUCUCGGGUGUGCAAAUGUUAGAAAAUCAAAGUGCAGGUGCGCAAAACAGUUCCCAAGUGCGCUUCAAGAUGCAGUCAAGGGCACAAAAGUAGCAAGAUACACGUUAAAAACAAUGAAAAUGAGAGAUUUGAGAGCAGAUUAAAUUUCCAAAAUUGUUAUAAAGUACAUCCCAGGUGCGCUGAAAUUUCUGCUUUAAAAAAUAUUGAGUCCGACGUUGACCAACUCUGCAGUCUGGUCCCUCCCCAACACUCUCUGCUGGAGCAUGUUGGGGAGGGAAGCAGAGGUAGAGAGCCUGGCUUGCGAGGUUGAGACUGAUAUAGACCGCUUACAGUAAGAAAGAUACAUUUUUUAUUCACGAAGCCAUUAUACAGUACACAGCAUUUGAAAUCACAAACAUGAACUGCAUUGACUGGACAGGCAUUCUUUAUUUCAAGCACAAACUGAAAUAAAUUUAUGAGAAUGGGCUUUCUUGCCAAGGAGGAUUUGUACCUAAUUUAUUAUUGAAUGGGUGUGUUGCAGGGUAAAUCAAAAUGUGGACACUCCCUAGGUGGUUGGGUCAUACCCCCUUUACAUUAGGGCAUACAGGUAGAGAUACAAGUGGUGAAUGACAAAUCUAAGAUGGGAAUUGCUUUAACCUGGGCAGGAUUGAGCAUGUGUAUCAAUCAUUGCCAGGUACUAGCAAUCCCUGUUGAGAAAGAUACAUGACUAUGUAGGUACCCAGUUUAGCUGCCCAGAGCACACUUUGUAAAUUGUAAUGCAAUUCUCUGAUUGCGAUACAGAACUCAAAAAGCAAAAAAUUCGUGAAGUACAGAAACAGAUUGAAGACUCCAAGAUCAUUGUAAGUUCACUAUAUUUUUACAAUUACCAAAGUUUUAGAUCCAUUUUAUGAAAUGCAUAUGUGAUGAUUUAUAUUUCAUUCUUUUAGUUGGAAGAUAUGGAAGAGGAAGCAGUGAUUGCUCCAGGUGCAUAUAGAAAUAAAAUGAACGCGAGAGUCCGAAACAAGUCCAGAGAGCUUGAAAAGAUGAAACGAGAUCUGGUAAAGUUUGUUGCGGUUUAUAUUUGUUUAGAAUGUGGGGCAAAUGAAAAUCGUAUUAAUAAAACGGAAAUAAAAUGUUUAACUUUACAGAAUAAAAUUACAAGUGGUUUCCAGGCUUCAUCUGCAAGAGAUGAUCUACUUUCGACAGGACCCAAAGAAUUUGACCCUAAUGUAAGUUAACAAAGAUUCUUACUUUGGCUGAAUUAAGGUCGGCAAAAAUUUGCCGACCUGGGAGGUUGAUUAAGGUAGGCAUUUAGGUCGGCAUUGCUGAAUGCUGACCUCAUUUUCGAGGGCUGCUGCCAAAAUAAUGUCUUCACAAUAUUUAUCUGACUUUAAUAUUUAAUCAUUUCAAAUAAUAGGCUAGUCACAGAAAUAAACUCAUACAAGGUACAGAGAUAAUGAACCGGACUUCAGACAGUAUUGCAAGAUCUCAACAAGUUGCUGCAGAAUCAGGUGAGGCACCUUUUUCUGAUUGCAUGUAGUCAUUAGGCAUUUAGCAAGGCGGCCAUAAUUUAACCUUCAUGUGCAUGAACAUCAGAUGCCCUUCUGAAUUCACUAAUUCAGACAGCGCCACUUUUUAAUAAAUGGCCUUGGAUUGCCUACGAAAGCAUUUUUUAAAGCUUGCUAUUUGCUAUAGCCUGAAAACAGACCUACGUUUCGCCUGCCCUAUAAUUCACAGGUCGACCUAAGCAUACCACCCGCAAAUUUUAGGGCGAGCAAAACAAAGGUGUUCAAGCUAUCUAUUUGCAAGGUUACCACAUUCGUAGUACAUUUUGGACUGCCAGUUUUAACACCCUGGCUAAACACCUGGCAGUCAUUGUAGGUAUACAUUUUGUCAUAUAGUCAAUUGGCUGGUCUCUCUAUUGGUCAUUCAGGCAGCCUAUGGAAGUCAGGCAGGCAGUCAUUUACAAUAGUCGAUUGUUUUCAGUCAGUUCUGUCUGUUGUUUAGAAUGUUUUCAAACUGAUAUUUCAUAAAUUUCACAGAACAAAUUGGUGUUGAAAUUAUUGAUGAACUGGAUACACAGAGAGACUCUUUAAUAAGAACACAGGAUAGGGUAUGUUAACAUAAGCUGUGAAUUGUUAG